CCACUUCCGCGUUCCCGGGAACUCCAACUCCCAGAAUGCCUCGGGGGCUGCGUCACUUCCGCUGUGUUGGAAGCUGAGGAAAAUCGAGACUGGGAGGCGGAAAGCCGGCUGAAGAGGGAGUAGCGGAUAGAUUUCCCUUAUGGAGCUGGCGUUGGACCCGGGUGAACAGGACCUGCUGGGCUUCCUGCUAGAGGAAAGCGGAGAUUUGGGGGCGGCGCCCGAUGAGGUCCUGGAGGCUCCGCUGGACUGGGAGUUGCCGCUUUCUGAGGCACUGAGCGACUGGGACGUCGAGGAUUUCCUGCGCUCCCUGCCGAGCCCCCCAGCGUCGUUGAACAUUUUCAGCAACUCUAAUCCCUGUUUUGUCCACCAUGACCACACCUACUCUCUCUCCCAAGAACAUGUUUCCAUAGACCUAGAUAGUGGGAGCUGUGGAAAAGAGGGGGUCCAGAUGGCUCCCCUGCACGUGGAGGACCCGGCAGAGCAGGAGGUUGUUGGGCUGACACUGACAGAUGAGGAGAAGAGGCUUUUGGAGCAGGAGGGCUUUACUCUGCCUGGCACGCUGCCUCUCACUAAGGCGGAGGAACAAGUUCUGAAACGAGUGCGGAGGAAGAUUCGAAAUAAAAAGUCUGCUCAGGAGAGCCGCAGGAAGAAGAAGGUGUAUGUGGGGGGUUUAGAGAGCAGGGUCUUGAAAUACACAGCCCAGAACCUGGAGCUACAGAACAAAGUACAGCUCCUGGAGGAACAGAACCUGUCCCUCCUGGAUCAGUUGAGGAGACUCCGGGCCAUGGUGAUUGAGAUAUCUAACAAAACCAGCAGCAGCAGCAGCACCUGCGUCCUGGUCCUACUGUUCUCCUUCUGUCUCGCCCUUGUACCUGCUAUGUACUCCUCUGGCACCAGGGGGAGCCUGCCAGCUGAGCAUGGAGUAUUAUCCCGCCAGCUUCGUGCCCUCCCUCAUCAGCUGGAGCUGUCUGUCCUGCAGUCGGAGGAACCAAAGGAUAGCUCAGACCAUGAGCUCCAGGCUCCUGGCAACUCUUGCUGCCUGCCCUCCCACAUGCCUCAGGCUCCUGGCACAGAGCCUCCCCUGAAGUUGCCACUCCCUGAUCCCUUUUCAAAGUUCGCCUGCCUGGGUCCCAUCGUUCCCCUGCAUGCAAAUCUCACAAGAGAAGGGGAAUGGCUCCCUGCCCACAGCCCCAUAUCUGUUAUCUUGCAGGGCAGAUACUCGGGCUAGAUGGGAGGCCAAAUGAGAAGGAAUACGAGAAGGCUAGUUUUAGCAUCUGUGCCCUGUUAGGAUGCCUUAGGGCUCAAACACACCACACUUACCAUCUUUCUGGGUCUUUUAUUUCACCCAUGUAUGUCUAUCACCCCAUGAAUGGACCUGGGGGAAUCAAUUGACCUUGAACAUUUCAUGCAGUGAGGGGAUGGGAUGAGGAAAUAAAUAAGUAAGUGAUUCUGA